AUGAUCAUAAGGGGAUCGAUGAUCCUGACCCUGCUCCUGGGACUACUGUCGGUGGUGGACCAAAAUGGCGGCCAGGUCGUCGGCCAGGACGCGGCGGCGGCGGCGGUGGCGGCGACGGCGACGGUGGCCGUGGCUGGGUUCGACGACUAUUUUACCUCGCGCAACCUACCUCAAAGGGUCACGCGGUUAGUCCCACGAAGGUCACCGAUGUUGCCGCAGGAUAGCGCCGGGGCGAUGGGCCUGGCGAUGCAGAGCAGAGCGGUCGACACGCGAGUCCAGCUCGAGAUCAGGGAAGGCGAGCCCAAGGGCACCCUGGUCGGCACGAUACCGGUGAAGCCUGACUUCACUUACAGGUUCAACGAGCCGCCCCAGGAAUUCGUGCUCGACCCGGAGACCGGCAAAAUAAGAACAGCGAAGGUUCUCGAUCGUGAAGCUCUCAGCAGUGAUCGGUUCGAUCUGGUCGUGCUCUCGAGUCAGCCGACCUAUCCGAUCGAGGUGCGGAUUCUAGUGCUCGAUAUUAACGACAACAACCCAGAAUUUCCGGAGCCCAGUAUCGCGGUUAGCUUCUCGGAAUCAGCCGUAGCGGGUACCAAGCUGUUGUUGGACGCCGCGACCGAUCGGGAUACACCCGAGAACGGCGUGCUGGACGAUUAUUUUAUCGUUGACGGCAAUACGGAUGGCAAGUUCCGUCUGGAGGUCACUGGAAACCCUACAGGUGAGACAUCGUACCUGCACCUUGAGACUACCGGCAAGCUGGACCGCGAACAGGUGGAAUUCUAUUCGCUCAAUGUCUGCGCCCGCGAUCGCGGCCGACCACCACGGCUGGGUUAUCUGCUGGUGAACGUGACGGUGCUGGAUGUGAACGACAAUCCGCCCGUGUUCCAACAGAGCGAUUACGUGGUGGCGUUGAACGAGAGCGCACCAGUCGGCACGAAGGUGCUGACGGUCCACGCCACCGAUAAGGAUUCGGAGGACAAUUCCAAGCUGACGUAUUAUCUGCCGGAUAAUGAGCGCAAGUUUACAAUUGACCCAGAGACCGGCACGAUCACGACAGCCGAGCCGUUGAAAUGUCCUCAACAACGUUGCACGGUAGAACAACCAAGCGGCGGUUGCCCCAAGAGCUGCGUCAUCACGGUCUUUGCUCGCGAUCACGGUUCGCCCAGGCAGGACGGUCGUACUUACGUGACGGUGAACGUAUUGGACGCGAACGAUCACGAUCCCGUGAUUAAAUUCAGCUACUUUCCACAGAAUGCGCGCUUCGCUACCGUCGACGAGAACGCCGCCAAGGACGCGAUCGUCGCGGCGGUGUCGGUGAUCGAUGACGACGAGGGUCUGAACGGCAAGACGAGUGUGGAGAUACGCGCCGGGAAUGAGUUGGGCCACUUUCGGUUGGAGAAGAUGGAGAGCUUCGAUAUCGUGCGGGUCGACGGCCGGCUGGACCGCGAGGAAAUACCCAAGUAUAAUCUCACGGUGGUUGCCACUGACAAGGGCACGCCGCCCAGAUCGGGUACGGCCUAUCUCGUGAUUCAUGUGAACGACGUCAACGAUCACGAGCCGGUAUUUCAGCAAAGCGAGUACUCGGCGGUGCUGUCAGAACUCGCACCGAUCGGCAGCUUCGUCGCCAGCAUCUCGGCCACGGACGCGGAUUCUGGGCUAAACGCGCGGAUUUAUUACGAGUUCGGUUCGGGUAAUGAGCAGGGCUGGUUCGCCAUCGACAGCGACACCGGCCUGGUUACAACCAUAGCUACUCUGGAUCGCGAGGUCCAAGGUAGCAUCGAAUUACACGUAUCGGCACGAGACGGCGGUCCGAAUACUAAGUACGCGUCCACGCAUCUCAAAGUAACGAUUCUCGAUGAGAACGACGAGGCUCCGCGCUUCUCCGAGAACGUCGUCGAGGUCACACUAUCGGAAAAUACCCCGCCCUAUAGUCUGGUAGCUACUCUCACGGCUGUUGACAACGAUCAGGGUACCAAUGGAAGCGUCGCGUAUAGCUUUCACUCCAGCGUCUCGCGUGAUUAUCCCAAGACCUUUGCAUUGGACGCCCUGACCGGUCAGCUGACGACCAUGGUCGCCCUGGACCGGGAAACCAUAGCGACGUACAGAAUUCUAGUGAUAGCGAAGGAUCAAGGCACGCCGGUACAGUCUUCGACCGCUACCGUGGUGCUGACGUUGGAGGACAUUAACGAUAACUCGCCGAUCUUCUAUCCUUGGAGAUAUUUAAUGUCCAUCUCCGAAGAUGCUCCGGCAGGUACGACGAUAGGUAAAGUAACGGCAACCGACGCCGAUGCUCGGGAGAACGCUCAGGUGAGGUAUACUUUGGAAUCCGGCCGCGAGAGUCUCUUCAUGGUGGAGGAAAGGACAGGCGAGAUUGUUUUGCAAGGUUCUUUGCGGGCUAUGCACGAGACUCUUCACGAAUUGACCAUCUCAGCGAAGGACACUGGCGAGCGGGUGGCAGCCAGGAACGCCGUAGUGGAGAUUAUACGCGAGGAGGAUCUGGAACAUCUCGAAUUCGACACUUACAACGGCUACGAGUUUCGUGUUUUUGAGGAUCGUGGUGAUUGCGACUUCGUUUCGUCUAGUAGUCGGGUGGUCGGCACGGUACAUGUUACGCAGUACGACAACACGGAUAAGGUGAGCUACGCCAUAGUAUUCGGUGAUCCUAGAGGCAACUUCAGGAUCGAUGAGAAUACUGGCGUCAUCAGCACCGCCGGUUGCCUGGACCGCGAACGAGUCGCCUAUUACAGCCUGCAACUGUCAGCGCACGCCAAUUUCGCGUACGGCCAGACAACCGUCAACAUUACCGUGCAGGAUAUCAACGACAAUCCGCCAAAGUUUCCCAGGGGUGAGCGAGGCGACGAAAUCCUGUUGCAGGAGAACGCGGCGGUGGGGCAGGAGGUGUGCCUGGCCCGAGCCAGGGAUCGUGACACCGGUGCCAAUGCCAGAAUCAUUUAUUCCUUGACGCAGAAUUCAGGCGGGCAAUUCAGGGUCGCCGAAAACUCGGGCAUCAUUUACCUGGACAAGCCGAUUCGUGCGCCGCCCGGUACGGUCCUCCAUCUAGAAGUGACGGCGACUGAUUCCGGCAAGCAACCGCUGUCCGCCCAGCACCAAAUUCACGUAACGAUCGAAGAUGUCAAUGAUCACACACCAGUUUUCCGACUGACCAGCUACGAGACUUCGCUUCCGGAAUCUACUCCGGUCAACGAGCGUUUCUUUUCGCUGACAGCUCAAGACGCGGACCUCGGCGCCAACGGCAGGAUAUUAUACAGUGUUACCGAUGGCAAUGCGGAGGGUCGCUUCGGCAUCUUUCCGGAUGGCCAGCUAUACGUGAAGAACACGCUCGAUCGUGAGGAACGGGACUAUUACGCGCUCGAGGUCACCGCAUCCGAUCAAGGCAGCCCAUCACGGAGCUCCGUGGUCCCGGUGGUGGUGCACGUGAUUGAUGAGAACGACAACGCGCCCGAGUUCAUCAAUAGCAGUUUCAGCUUCCAUCUGCGCGAGAACGAGCCGCCCGACACCUUCGUCGGCAAGCUGCUGGCUACUGAUCGCGACGUCGGCCGUAACGCUGAUCUCAUGUUCUCGCUGCCAACCAGCCAGCAGGAUUUCGUGGUCGACCCGAGGAAUGGUUUCGUCAGAUCGUUGCGCGUGUUCGAUCGCGAGCUCCUGGUGACCAAUACCGGCAGCAGCUAUAUCAAUCUGGAAGCUACUGUCACCGACAAUGGCGUUAACCGCCUGCGCGACCGCGUCAAGGUCACCAUCUAUAUCACCGAUGUUAACGACAACGUACCGCAGUUCCAGCGUCUGCCCUAUCGGGUGCAGGUGAGCGAGGGUGCCGCGAUCGGCACACAGCUGCUAAGAGUGUACACGACUGACGUGGACGAGGGAUUGAACGGCGAUGUGUUCUAUUCGCUGGAGGAUGGCAAUCAGCACCGUCAUUUCAUGAUAGACGAGGCCACCGGGCAGAUCUCGUUGAUGAAGGAGCUCGAUCGCGAAACAUCCGACACCUACGUGCUGACCGUCGUGGCGCACGAUGCCGGUCUGGAAACGCGACUGUCAUCUAGCGCGACCGUCCAUAUCGAAGUGCUCGAUGAGAACGAUAACGUGCCGCGCUUCGUCGACAACAAAUCGAAGAUCUCUGUGCUGGAGACUACGCCGACCAACACCGAGCUCUUGCGUUUCAAGGCCACCGACAACGAUCUUGGGCCUAACAGCGAGUUGACAUUCAUCAUAUCGGCUGGUAAUAAAAGGGACACGUUCUAUAUCGAUCCGCUGACUGGUAUCCUGUAUCUGAAGAAACCGCUCGAUUACGAAGAGUUGGUACGUUACACGCUCAACGUCACAUGCAGCGACGGAGGUCAUCCACGGCUCAGUUCCGUCACCAGUCUGACCGUCGAGGUGAUCGACACCAACGACAAUCCGCCAGUGUUUCCAAAUACAGCAAUAGUACGUCAGAUACGCGAGGGUAUCCUCGUGCGAACGCCGAUCGUCACCAUUACCGCAGAGGAUCCAGAUUCGGGGGACAACGGCGUGGUCAGUUACUCGAUCCUCAGCCAGGACCCAGAAGACGAGGUGCGGCGUUUCGGUAUCAACCCGUCGAGCGGAGUGAUCCAUACGUUACUCCCGAUCGACCGCGAAGAGGUGGAUACUUUCAAGCUGGUGGUGAUCGCUACUGAUCAAGCGCAACCGCCAAGUGCUCGGUUGUCUGCCGAGAAACUGGUGAUCGUGAUCGUCGAGGAUGUCAAUGACAACGCGCCGAUCUUCGUCAGCAUGUCGGCGGUGGUGUUACCGCAUCUGCGCGCCGGCAACUUCAACUAUCAUCAAUCCUCGACCAAGGAGGUCGCAGUCACGCAGCUAGUCGCUCGCGAUCUCGACUCUAGCACCAACGGCUUGGUGACGUACGAGCUGCUCCGUUCCAAUGUCAACUACUCGGAUAUGUUCCGGAUCUAUCGUAAUACCGGUCAACUCACCAUGAAACCUCAUCCAACAUUCUCGAAAGGUGGCCUCCUCGAACGAGCAUCCAAAUAUCAGGUAGGCGUCCGUGCGACGGACGAGGCGGUCCAGGCGGAGCGUCGCUCGUCCGAGACUUAUGUGACCUUGAUCGUGCCGGGCGAGAACGGCGACGAUCAGCCGAUUUGGGAGCACCGAGGUCAGAUUGAAGGCAACGUUUACGAGAACGAGCCGAUCGGCACCAGUAUUUUGCGCGUGAGCGCGCGUAGCCAUCGAUCCAACAUCGAGCUCGAGUAUUACGUGACGAACGUGACCGCCGGCGAUGGGCCCCAAGUUGAUCGGCUAUUCGACAUCGACACGAAGACCGGUGUGCUGUCCACCGCGGCCCAGCUCGACCGCGAGACCGGCGUCCAAUGGUACGAGGUGGAGAUAUACGCCAUAGGCAUCGGCGGCACCAGGCCCAGUACGACGUCCACCAAAGUGAGUCCGCGCCGCUUGGCUUUUUGAUUGAUCGUCCCGGUGAUAUUAAUGAUGCUUCCUUCGUCGGC